AAUACUUUAAAGAAACAGCGUGGGAAUGUGUAAACGAGCUGUAACGGAAUAAUCGGCUUUGGUAGUUUUAAUUUCUGUGUCGUUUUUAUUAUGAAUAGGGUCCAUCUGCAGCUCAGGUCCUUUUCUCUGUUUUUUAAAGGCAGAUUUCGGUCCGCUGCUCCGGCUCUGUCACGCAGUGAUUUCCCUCCCUACCGGAUUGUUUUACAGUUUAUCCGAGCUAUGGCUAGUAAUAAUAGUCAUAAUAAUAAAAACCCGGGCAUGAGGCCGCAGCUGGGUCAGAAGAAAAACAAACAGAAGGAGCCACUGCGGAGAAUAAAGGUCAAAGGGACCCGAAACAGAGAGACAUGCACACACGGACCCGCCACUGUUUACCUGCAGGUGGUCGGAGCUGGCAGCAGAGAUAAUAAUCCGUCAGUGUACGUCUUCUCCGAGUUCAACAGAUAUCUGUUCAACUGUGGUGAAGGAACACAGAGACUGUUGCAGGAGCACAAACUGAAAGCUUCUUGGCUCGACAACAUCUUCCUGACCAGACUGAGCUGGGAGAACGUGGGAGGUUUAUCUGGGAUGAUUUUAACCCUGAAGGACGUGGGACUCCCAGAGUGUGUUCUGUCUGGACCGCCACAGCUGGAGAAUUAUCUGAACGCCAUCAAGUCGUUUUCUGGAUCGCUGGAAGAAAUCAAACUGUCUGUUCGACCGUACACCGAUGAGCCGUACUCAGACGAGACGAUGACAAUUUAUCAAGUGCCAAUAUUUGCUGAGUCUAGGGCUGACAGCAGGAAACUCUCCCCGAACUCAAAAAGCAGCCCGUCUCGUAGUCCCCCCUCUUCCCCCGGACGAUCCAGCCACGGAGACGUUCCGGGUAGUCCAGACACAUCUCUGGUGGUUUCCUACAUCUGUAAGCUUCACCCAAAGAAAGGACACUUCUUAGUGCCUCAAGCCCUGAAGCUCGGCCUGCCCGUAGGCACAAAAGCCAUCGGCCCGUUCAUACGCGAUCUGAAAGAAGGUAGAAGUGUCACGUACGAAGGAAAAGAGAUCCGGCCGGAGCAGGUCUGCUCUCCCACUUGUCCAGGACCAGCAUUUGUUAUCGUCGAGUGUCCGUCUCAGGAGUUUCUCGAAGCUGUUUGCACCAAUCAGCAGCUGAGAAGGUAUCAGACCGGAGGGUCUGAGGACGCCGCGGCGCUGGUCGUCCACAUGACUCCAGAGUCUGUUCUGACCACAGAUCAGUACCAACAGUGGAUGGAGAGGUUUCCGUCCACGACAGAACACCUGAUCCUUAAUGAACAAGUCGACACAGUCCACAACCUCCGGAGCCACAAACUUCAGGCUCAGCUGAACAUGAUCCACCCCAACAUCUUCCCACAGCUCAAGACCUGCAGGACAAAGGAGGCUGCGGCAGCCGUGCACGUCCCCGGCGUCAGAGCCGAGUGUCUACUCAAGUUCCAGCUCCAACCCGUAAUGGAGUGGCAAAGAGACGCCAUCCUCUCCUGCAACACUGACGAGUUUGUGAAAGAGGCUUCGGAGGUCCCAAACUUUCUGGAAGAAGUGGACAAGUGCAGGACGAUGUGCUCCACUGAUGCCGCCCAGCCUGCUGGACAAAAGGAGGAAUACCCCGAGGUGGUCUUCUUAGGAACAGGAUCCUCUCUGCCCAUGAAAAUCAGAAACGUCAGCGGGACUUUAGUCAAUAUCAGCCCGACUCAGUCUCUGCUGCUGGACUGUGGCGAGGGAACCUUCGGUCAGCUCUGCAGACAUUACGGGGACGGCGUGGACGAGGCUCUGUCCAAGAUCUCCACUGUCUUCAUCUCACACCUGCACGCCGACCACCACACGGGUCUCCUGAUGCUGCUCUAUCAGAGGAAAAGAGCCCUGACGAUGUUGGGGGAAGCGUUCAGCCCCGUGUUGCUGGUGGCGCCGCUGCAGAUCAUGAGUUGGCUCAACCAGUACCACCAGUACUGUGAGGAGAUCCUCAACCACAUCAACAUCAUCCCAAACCAAGCGCUGUGUGGUGGCAGCAAGGACCUGGAGCUGAAGCAGAGGACGAAGACGCUCAUUAAGGCGCUGCUGAGGAAGAACGACCUGGAAGAGUUCCAGACGUGCAUGGUGCGUCACUGUAAGAACGCCUUCGCCUGCAGCUUCACGCACCACUCCGGCUGGAAGAUGGCCUUCUCCGGCGACACCAUGCCCUGCAACGCCUUCGUAGACAUCGGAAUGAAUGCGACUUUACUGAUCCAUGAGGCCACGCUGGAGGACGGGAUGGAGGAGACGGCUGUGGAGAAAAGACACAGCACCACCUCCCAGGCCAUUGACAUCGGCAUGAGGAUGAACGCCGAGUUCAUCAUGCUGAACCACUUCAGCCAGCGAUACGCCAAGAUCCCGCUCUUCAGCGAGGACUUCAACGACAGAGUGGGGAUAUCAUUUGACCACAUGAGAACUCGCUUUGGGGACUUUAACAUCCUCCCCAGGCUCACUCCGGCACUCAAAGCCCUCUUCGCCGAGGAAAUCAGUGCGUUGGAGGAGCGGAGGGAGAGGAGGGAGCUGAAACAACUGAUAGAAGGCCGCGGCGAGGCGAGUGGCGAGCAGAGGAGGGACGACGAGAGCCAAGGCGCCAAAAGAGAGCAGGAGGAGGAGGCAGCAUCGCCCGGCUGGGGGGCGAAGCGGCUGAAGAGCAGCUGAGUGACUCCAACUGAAGCAUCAUGAGUUAACUCUUAUUUAAAGCAGUUUUUUAUUUGGCUUGUGUGGUUUGAUUGAAGAUAAAUCAUGUAUAUUUCCUGCAGUGCAGUGUAUAAAAAGACCUGUGAAUAUAGUUUUUGUUUUUCAUUAAAAAGAAUAAAGUAUAACCACACAAUCUGGAGUCAUUGUUCCAAAUUUUUAGGUUUUUUUUUUUUUUGAUUCAGGACGUGUGAUUAGAUGGAUUUAGAGCUGCCCCCCUCAGGAUGGACUGCAAGAACUUUACUGAUACCUUGUCUUUUCUUAAAGUGCUGUUAUCAGGUAUAAAAUCAUCCGUUAUCUUAAUUAUUGAAAUAAACUGAAUGACAGGUUUGGGGUGAAAAAAUGAUUAACAAAGAAAAAAAUUGCCAUAGUUACAGCAUUUAUAAUAGCCAGAAAGUGUAAAAACUAAAAAAAGAAGUUAAAAAUGAUUGAUGAAAUUACUGUGAGGCUUUCAAAUGAGCCCACAGUCUUUAAAGGAAUCAUGUUUGAUGAAGGCUUCAGUCAAGAAAAAUAACCAAUCUGAGCUUAAGAUAGAUAUAUUUUAGCAAAAAUCCCUUUAUUGUACAUAUCUCAUUUAAAAUUUAGCCAAAAAUGUAAGCGUUUCCGCGAUUUAGAGUCUGUUAAAAACAUUAAAUUCUGCACAACCGGGAAGUCAUGAUUGAUUCAGCUGAGACCAACAACCAUUUAACAAAAACUUGUUCCAAACUCUUGUUUGUUUUCAUGAUCCAGGAUGUGUGAUUAGGUGGAUUUAGACCUGCCCCCUCAGGAUGGACUGUAAUAACUUUACUGAUGCCUUUUCUUUCCUUAAAGUGUUGUUAUCAGGUAUAAAAUGUCCACUCAUCCAUUACCUCCUGGACAGGUCUCCAGACUAUCACAGGCCUGACACAUAGAGACAAGCUCUCAUUUACUCCUAUGGGCAAUUUAGAGUCACCAGUUAAACCUGAGCAGCAACUUUGUCUUUGACUGUGGGAGGAAACUUCUUGCUGUGAGGCCAAAGUGCCAACCACUAAACCACCAUGAAGCCCGAGAUAAAAAAGUAUUUGGUCUAAUUUUUGUACAGCUGCAAGAAUAAGUAUGUGUGAACCCUUUGAAAUAAACUAGUUUUCUGCA